GUGCUCUCGGUGCAUUCCAGCAGACAUGAACCUCAUGGUCUGUCUCUGUGUGACCCUGCUGCUCAGCACAGCUACAGGCUCACUGCGUCUCAGCUCCCGUAGCUCCAUAGUGGGGGGAGAGGACGCGGCCCCUGGAAGAUGGCCCUGGAUGGUGUACCUCUACAUCACUUAUGAAAAUCAAGCCCUGUACUGUGGAGGUUCCCUUAUCAACAGCCAGUGGGUUCUGACAGCAGGGCACUGCCUUUACAAACCUCGUCAGGGGAGGCCAAUCCUCUCACUCUCCUAUGCGCAAGUGGGUGAACUGCAGCUCCGGGAGCCAGUGACUGGUGAGCGUCACUACCUCGGCCGCUUCCUGGUCCAUAAUGAUUACAGUUCGACCAACGGCAUGUUCUACAACGACAUCGCCCUGGUGCAGCUGAAGGAGGCCGUGUCCUUCUCUGACACAGUGAAGCCUGUGGUUCUUCCCAGCCACAACGUCCCCGGGCCUGAGGCUGAGUGCUGGGUCACUGGAUGGGGUGAUGUAGCUGAGGGCCACCAUUUGGGAGGUAAGAAGACACUGCAGCAGCUGAGGCUCCCCCUAGUGGACGACAAGACCUGCAGGCAAGCGUACCCUAAGACCAGUAACAACCAGCUGUGUGCCGGAUACAUGCAGGGAGGCAAGGACGCCUGCCAGGGUGACUCUGGUGGCCCCCUGGUGUGUAAGUCGUUUGAGCAGUUCGUCCAGGUCGGGGUGGUGAGUUUUGGAGUUGGCUGUGCCCGGCGUGGCUACCCUGGCGUGUACACACGUGUGUAUAACUACAUGCAGUUCAUCGAGGACGUCAUCGGCACAUACAGCUGAACAACACCGCCCUCUAGUGGUCACACAGGGAGGAGCUCUCCACCUCUACCUGAUCUCUCUCUUUCCUUCUCUCCUCUCUCUCUUCUGCCUCUCCUCCUGUCUCUCUGAUCAGUAAAGUUUACAGCAGCAUC